UCAAAAUCACUAUUCCCUAAAGAGCUCCUUUACACUCCUAGAAACAGUUCAUCCAAAUUUAGCGGAAUCUAACCAAAACGUUUUUCAGAAUUUGAUGCCCAUUCAAUCCCAUUGAUCCAGUCAAACAGCACUUCUUACUCCUCCCUGACACGCAGCUCGCCGUCCUCGCUUCAGCAUCACCGCCACCGUAACCGCCGCCGCCGCCUUCUCAUUCCCUUUUAUAGUUUCCAUCCAUCCUAAAGAAACCCUAAAGCCACAAUAAACAAUCCCAAUGAUCAAUCUUCCCUCCAAUCUAAAUGGCCGCACCGUCCACAUCCUCCUCCUCCACUUUCCCUUACCCAACCCUUCUUCGACACCCUCUCUCCAGUCCCACAACCCGGCCGCCGGCUGAGCACAUCACCAACAUCUGGAUCCUCGAAUUCAUGCUUCGACAGCCCAUUCCCGACCCCCUCGCUGAUGAACUACUCCGCUUCCUACAUUCCCAUUCAAAUGUCCACCCACACCUCCGCAAAAUCCUCCUCCUCCGCGGCAUCUCCUCCGAAGUCCGCCGCCGCUCUAUUUCGGUGAGCACACUCCAAGCCCUCGAGCUUAUAAUGGAGCUCGACAGGCAUCGCAGGAUAAGGCCCUCGAACCGCUUCAAGGCUGCUUACUGCGCCGCGGCGGUCGAGUGCACCGCUUCGGCUUUCCUGAGUAGCCGAAGGGAUUUCGUUAACGUCGUUGAGAGCAUCUGGAUGUCGGACGUGGCGCAGGGUCUCGUUUCGGAGCCGUUCUUGGAGUGGGGGAAGAAGAUGGAACGGUGCCUCUCGACUGGUAAAGGAGGCGAGGAGAUUUUGAAGAGGGAUGUAGGAGAUGCAAUGGGGUUGGUGAGGGAGUAUUUGGAUGAGGCGUGGCGGAAGAUGGGGCCAUCUUUUUUGGAGAUUGUGGCUGCAGAGCUCGUGGAUAAGAGGACGGAUUUGGAUGCAGUUGCGCGCAACGCAGGGAAGGAUGUCACUGAAAUUACAGGUUGUUCUGAGAAGUUGGAACAUGAUGGGGGUGGAAUUUCGAUUGGGGCCAUGGAAGAGGGUGGGGUUCGAGAGCGAUCAGGGAGAACGGAAAAUAAUUCUGUGAAGGAUUUAGGAGUUGGUGAGGCUAGAGAGGAAUUCGAUGGUCUGGCCAAAACUUCCAAAAUGCAAGAUGCUGACCUAAACGUUGAUCCGAAAUCGGGCAUCCAAUCUGUGGAAGUGGAAGUUGAAAACGAAAGAGGUGUGAAUGCUGGUAGACUUGAUAUGGCUCGUCAUAGCAGAUGUAACAUUCAGCAAAUUGAUCCUAGUGAAGUCAGAAAAGUGAAAGAAGCCUUAAAGAAGAGCUGUUUUGAUCUAAGGAGGGCAGCGGAAGACCCCCUUCCAGAGGCGAAAGCUGUCGCAGCAGCUGUGUUGGAUAGCAUGUCUCGUGCCCAUGCAUUACUUGAUGAAACUGACGGGCAAAGUUCUAUGAAAAAUCCAGACUUGAUCGUUCCUCACGUUGAGCUGGUUGGUGGAGUUCCUGCUGUAGUGGAAACUAACGCUGGUGAUUUGGAGAAAGAGAAGCGUAACUCAUUUGAUUUGAAGGAAGUAGAAGGAAAUCAAAUUAUUGAAGAAUGCAAAAAUGAUGCCGGGCCAAGCAAGACGAGAACGGUUGUGGCCAGUCACAGGCUUUUUGAAAGGAAUCCAACUGCUCACACUAGCGAGUGGACCGAUGAUUCCCUGGAGUCAUCAUCUCGUAAAGAAAAAGCUCAUUUGUCCAGUCCAAUGUCGAGGAGAACUGGCUUUGAUAGAGGAAAGUUUGUCAGAAGGAGAGCUGUUAAGAGAUGGACUCCACAAGAAGAACAGACAUUGAGGGAGGCUGUAGCAAAGUAUGGCAAAGGAAACUGGAAAUUAAUUCUGAACCGUUAUUCUGAAAUAUUUCAAGAGAGAACGGAGAUUGAUUUGAAGGAUAAAUGGAGAAACAUGUGCCGGCAUUUGUCAUAGGUCUCAUUCAGCUGCAAUUUCAUCUUUUAGUUUUCUGCAAUGUUUAUUCUGCCCAUGAAAAUGUAACAAAUUCAGUUGUUUUAGCCGUUAUUUAUCAUUAUUCAGCUAUCAUUUUUUUUUUCCAUUCAAAGGUUCUUAAUUGAGGGCUAGUUGGGCGCCACUACUUGCGGGGUUUUGCGCAAAUGUCCACCUGAUUAUCUUUUGCAAAUUCAGAUUUUUGUCAGGCUUCUGUUUCUAUUCCUUAGAUUUUAGUUUUGGAUGAAACCAUGUUGAAUUUCUUUUAUUAUUAUUUGGAGUUAAAUUUCGCUAAACUAGAGCCAAUCGUAACCACGAUCGUAACCCCCAAUCGUAACCACC